UGGUAUCAUUCUAGGAAGGAGGAUUCUUCAGUCACUGUGUCAACCAGCACAGAUGUUUCUCUUUCCUCCUAUGAUGAAGAUCAGGGAUCUAAACAUAUCCAGAAAGCUAAAGAAGCAUGGGGUUUGCAGCAAUCGUUGCAUAUGUCUGCUCACCUGAUCCACAUGUGUGUGGCAGCCCAAGGUUUUGUUGUGGGAGCAAUGACCCUUGGUAUGGGCUAUUCCAUGUAUAAGGGAUUCUGGGCAAGACCUAAACCUUAGAAGAAGAAAAGCUGUCUUGGUUUCAUUGGUGGUGCUUGCUUUAGUUAGGCAUCUCAUAUUGAGUUUAUAUGUUUAUGCUGAAAAUAAAUCAUCUGAAUGGGUCAGACAACAACAUGGUAAUUUAAAUAUUGGCUUCCUUUCUUGCAGGUUUGAUUUGCCUGGGAACCAAAUUACUACUGACUAGUUAACUAGUUAGGUCAUUCAGGGGAGUCAAAUUAGCACAAAAGAAAGAUGUCACUUUUAAAUGUACUUGAUAGUGGUAAAAUAUGCUCCUUCUUAAACUCUUCUGAUACAAUUAGUUAUAAAGAGGACAAUAUGCCAAUCCUGAAGUACUCCCAGUUGCUUUUGAUGUUAUGUAGAAAUCCUGUUUAAUUUAACUUUUUUCUGCCUGUUUUGCAGACUGAUUACUUCAGUUUUUAGGGCUGGUUAGCUCUUAACCCUUUCAAGAACAGUGCAUGGAAUAUAAUAUUAUAAGCUUCCCCACAACUGAAAAUAUGUGUAUUUAAACCAAAUCCCAGUUAGGUUUUUCUGUAAUUGCAGAGUUAUAUUUAUGCUGCUGUUGUAUUAGAAUAAUUUUUAAAUGGCAUCUUGAAAUAGAAAUGUGUAUUUUAAGUACUAAUGCAAAGGUAAAUGAAAAACGCUUUCUAAAUGUAUGAAAUUUGUUUAUUUUCUCUGUAAGAAUCAUUAAUGUUAACAAAUUACCUAUAGUUGAAGUGAUUAAUGAUUUACCAGCAAGGUUUUGGUCAGACAUUAUACACAAACUUUGGUAUACUCUAGAAUGCUUUAUUACAUUUGUGAAAUUUUCUUGUCUAACCUGAAUUUACAUUCCAUGGUGAUAACAUGGUAAAUGUAGUGUUAGUAAAGUAAGUGAACACAUCAAAAAAAAAAAAAGUAACUUGGGUAUCAUUAGAUACAAAAUGACAACUGGAAUAAAUUCUAAACUGAAUAGUUAGAACUGAAAUAGUCUGCUCUUUUUUCCAUUUCCUUUGUUAAUUUAUUUGGGGGAUUUUUUUUUUUUUAGGAUUUUAUUUAUUUAUUUGAGAGAGAGAGAAUGAGAGAGAGCACAUGAGAAGGGGGAGGGU